AUGCACCUGAUACAAUAUGCACUAUCGUCUGUCGGAGUCGCAGCUUGCCCUCUACUUCUCGUCGCCGUGGUCGAGCUUCUUGCUCCAGGAUACGUGCCUAGUGUUCUCCGCGACGCCGUCUCUAGUGUGAUCAAUGCCUACCUAAAUCACAGAUUUCCUAUUAAACAUCGAGACGGAAUACGGGAUUUGCCGUCGUGUCCAUACCACUGGCCUAACGGUCAAGGCGAUGAAGCCAAGUUUCUCAGUGGCGUCGAGAACUCACCCGCAUGGAAGGAAAGAUAUGGCAGUAUUUACCGCAUCUGGUCGGGUAUGAAACCGGAGAUCGUGUUGACACAGCCACAUCAGCUCUCUGGCGUAUUUUCCGAUUCCGAUAAGCAUAUCAAGGCUGCGGCGAACGAUUCGGGAGCAUACAUGAACCGCCUACUGGGAAAGUGCGUCGGCUUAAUCAGUGGAGAGGAAUGGCGAAAUGUCAGAUCAGUCGUGGGCAUGCCUUUCGGCUACCAAGUCACUUCGACCCGGAUCCCGAACGUCGAGCGCCAGAUUCUCGAUCACCUCGACCGUCUUCAUACCAACGGCAGCCUCGGGAACGAGAUUCUGCAUCCGGUCAAGGACAUGAAGAUGCUGCCGUUCUGGGUGGUUGCCGAGAUAUUUUACCCCCGUUUGCCGCCACUAUUGGCUCAGGAACUCCUCGGGCUUGCCCCCUUACGAGAGAAAAUAUUCCGCCACGUCGUGCAGGGCGGACUGACACGCUUUUCCUGGGCUCAGUGGCUACCCACCACGGCCAAUGCCGAGCUUCGAGAAUUUCAGGGUCGAUGGAAGGCAUUCAACGAUGCGGCUCACGCACACGCACUGGCCCACGAUCCUUCGCUUCCCAUUGCUCAGAUGUAUAAGGCGACCAAGUCUGGCCAGAUGACCCAAAAUCAACUCCUGCAGACUCUAGAUGAGGCCUUGUACGCGAAUUUGGACAUCACCACGGGUGCGCUGUCCUGGAACCUGGUCUUCUUAGCGGCACACCCGGACGUGCAGAAGCGUUUGCGUUCAGAAGCCCAGCUCGCCUCCGAGGAAGGCCGAAUGGAUGCUUAUCUGCGAAGCGACUCUACGUACCUAGCUGCGUGCGUGAUGGAAUCGAGCCGCCUAAAGCCCCUCGCCGCGUUCAGCGUACCACAAGCGGCACCCACGGCGCGAGAAGUGGACGGAUACAUCAUCCCCGCCGGCACCAAUUUCAUGGUUGAUUCUUACGCGCUGAACAUUGACAGCGACACGUGGGCCCCGGACAACACCACGUAUCGGCCUGAUCGGUUCCUGGCAAAGAGGGGUUCGGAGUUGCGGUAUCGCUUCUGGAGGUUCGGGUUCGGUCUUCGUCAGUGUAUGGGGAGGUACGUGGCAGACUUGAUGAUCCGGCAGACGCUCGUGCAUCUCGUGCUGAACUACGAGUUGAGCUGGUUGGAUAAGGAGGAUUGGAGCCGGAACCGCGAUAGUUGGAUUACACAUCCUGAUUUCUUGUUGCGCUGUGUAAAGAGGGCGCAGUGA